GAUCGAGAACACAGCAGAGGCACAAGCAAAAAGGAGCUAAAACCUUUCGUGAACAAAGCAGAGACAGAGAAUGGCUGGAGGAGGAGGACAGGAGCUGAAGCUGCUCGGUACGUGGACGAGCCCGUUUGUGACCAGGGUGAAGCUCGCGCUCAGCUUCAAGGGCCUGAGCUACGAGAACCUGGAGGAGGAGGACCUCUACCACAACAAGAGCGAGCUGCUCCUCAGGUCCAACCCGGUGCACAGGCAGGUCCCCGUUCUCAUCCACAACGGCAAUCCCAUCUGCGAGUCCCAGCUCAUCGUGCAGUACAUCGACGAGGCCUUCAGCAGCGCAAACGGCCCCUCCCUCCUCGCCGCCGAGCCCUACGAACGUGCCGUGGCUCGCUUCUGGGGCGCCUACAUAGACGACAAGCUGUUGGCGUCGGCGUUUCAGGCCGGCAGGGCCAAGACGGAGGAGGAAAAGGCCGAGGCGUUGAAGCGGACGUUCGCGGCGGUGGAGACGCUGGAGGCGGCCUUCGAGGGCAUCUCCGACGGGAAGCCUUUCUUCGGCGGCGACAGCGUAGGGUACCUGGACAUCGUGCUGGGGGGCCUCGUACCGAUGGUUUACUACGGCGAGGCGCGUCAUGGCAUCAAGCUGUUUGACGGCACCAGAAGCCCGCUCUUGGAGGCGUGGGUGGAGCGGUUUGGGGCGUUGGAUGCCGCCAAAGCAGUCCUGCCGGACGUCCACGAGCUGGUCGAGCACAGCAAGAUGAAGCGCGCACGAGCUGCAGCCAUGGCCGCGGCCACGGGCAGCGACUAAAAUUGGCUCGAUCAUUCACUAAUACAGGAAACCUCUGUACAGGCGGUCCGGUUAGCCUCUACACAGACGGUUCCAGGAACCGCUUGUGGUGUACCGACUGUGAUGUAAAACAACAUCACAGGCGGUCAAUCAAAAACCGCCUGUGAAGACAGACAUCACAGGCGGUCCAGUUCAAAGGAACCGCCUGUGAUAGACAGACAUCACAGGCGGUUUCUUAUCUUAGCCGCUUGUGUUAGCUACACAUCACAGACGGUUUUAAUAUAAGUCCGAAUGCAUACAAUAUAAAUCACAGACGAUUUUUUAAUAUACAGAUUCAUAUACAGAAUUUUCAAA